CAGACGUAGAGCGACAGCGGGAAGGUCUACACACAAGGCGCACAGCCUCUCCAUCUUGGUAACUAAAAGUGGAAACAUUUUAGGAAAUCGUCACGGGACAUAACACACACCUGUUACAGUGUAACGGAUGAUCAACAUCUACAGUGUAUCCUGCGACUGCUAUAACAGACAGCAAAGUUCAACUGGCCACUUCGUAUCUUACACAACAUGCAAUUGCAGUUCUGAGGUCUGAACUACGACAGUUCUGUGCGCGACGGCACACUGGAACCUAUCGGGGCUUCGCAUGGGAGUCCUAACCACCAUAAAGCGAAAACCACAAUUAACGAUGGCUACAGGGUCACAAGAAUAUUUCCUCAGAAGCUGAUGAGAAAUUUCAGCAGCACAGAAUUUCCAGAGCCAGUUGAACGCGGAAACCGUCCUCGGCCUCCUGCACUGGCGCCGACGCUUCCAACGUCACCUUCAGUCUCUCCGCCCCCACUGGGAGCGGGGGGAACAUCCCCCAUUGUCGUCCGGGCUGAAGAAGCUCUGAUCGUACUACUGGUGUUGGUUUUGUGGAUAGCAGCCAUUGCCCUGUUUUUUAACCGGUGGGGCAAAAUCCGUAUGUUGGAGCCUUAUCAGCCCAAGUUCCAGCAGCAGCACAGAUCCAGCUGCCCCAUGGUUGAUAUAAACGGCCCUAUUGGACUGCAGCACCGCACUUUCUCCAAAUUCAACGUGAACUGCAUCGGCGAACCGAUACACACCUUGCACAGACCCCGUCAGAACUCAGUUUUCGUCGGAAGCUCGGCUACUAUGGUGACCUUGCCUAUGAACCCUCCACGGAAGACCAAAUCUGCAAUGGAUAUACAGACACUAGUGCUAGCAGAAUGUGAACCGGGACACUCUGGCACCAUCUUACCUAUGACAACAGUCAGCCCUGCAGGGAGUAGACGUCCAUCUUGUACCAGAUUGGAUUCAAUCCAUAUCACGAAUGUGUGAAGGAAAUGCAGAAAAUGAACUCUAAAUUCUGUAUUCAUAAUAUGUCUAUAAAGUACCGAUAUUUUGCUAAGAUAUCCCAUGAAAUAACAUGUAAAAGCUCGGUUUUUAUUCUUCGACAGCUGAGAAUCUGUGAGUGAAACAGCUCAAUGUUGGCACAUACCAAACACAGACAGUCACAUGAAGUCUAAUCACGAUAUUACAUAGUAGGGAACAAAAUACUACAGCGUAUGAGUACGUGUAUCGAAGUAAAAUUACUGACGUUUCGAUAUAUUAAAAUCAUUUAACAUAUAUGUAACUAAAUGUAAUCGACGACCCUCUAUACACAAUAUAUCUUCUUAUUACGUCAGAAUGACAUAAAAUAUUCAGGGAUACCGAAAACUAACAGACAGGAUCCAAGAUUCCUGUAUAGGGUCACAUUUACUUUUUGAAUAUACAUUUAUUAAAAUAAAUUAUCAAUUGCGUUAUAUUAUAUUCACAUACCCUUCAAAAUUCCUAUUAUUUGAUCGUUUCAAAACAGCACAACUAUUUAAAUCAUUAUAAUUUAACAAAUCUGGAUAAAAUUGUAAUAAGAAUGUUCACAUGUGAUAAUUACAAGAAAAGUUAUUUCGUAUUUGUAAAUGUUAAAUUGAGUGUUCCCAAUAUCUUGAAACAGAAAUCUUGUAACGAAAUACGUGUUUAAUUGAGUAGAUAAAACCCUACAUUUAUUUAUUAUGUAAGAAAUAAUUAUAAUGUUACAAGGAAUACUGAUUAUUAUCUUUGUCAAUAUAAAUAGGAUUUUGAAGCAUAGAA